UCUGGAACCUUGAUUACCUGCACCUCGUCUGUAAACGACUUCAUGACCGCCAUUCAAACGAAGCGAAACGGCACGUUUUGGACCAUUUCUGGACCCCUGUUUGCCCCGUUCUGAAGAUUUGUCUUCCAUCCACUGUUCUCCGCUAGAGUUGUCGCGACAAUGUCGAACCUCUUCUCCGGAAUCAACGCCCGCUUCCGAGGCCAAAGAACCCCCGGCUCACCGGGCACGUCCUCUCCGAGCCCGGAGCAACAAGCGCAACCAGCGGCUCAGUCUCCCGUCAGCCCUUCCCACGGAAGCCAUCCAUCCUCUUCAAGCCUUGCAGCGAAGCUCCCACCGCUUCAGAGCUCGCCAUCCCUUGCUGAGACUAUCGGCAUGGACCAGUCCAGUGGCAUGAUGGCGUCGGCUGAGGAUAUCCUCACCUCAUACCAUCUGCCCCCGGUCAAGCCCCUGUGGCUUAAUGCGAAUUAUGCCAAGCACAUCGUCAAGGGCAACUUCUUGACGCUCAGCGCGAAGCCCAAGACGGUUGAGAUGGGAGAGUGGAUCGCGCACCAGGUUGUUGACCACUGGAGGAUGUUGAUCACCUUUAUCCGCUUAGUACACGACAAGGAGGAGGAUGGAUCAUCGAUUUGCAACUCGAGGAGGUGUCCCAAGAUGUCAGCCGGAGCUAAUCACUCCUUCACUUGGCUCAACUCCCGGCUCCAGCCUGUCGAGAUCCCAGCAUACGAGUACUUGACGCUUGUCCAGCGGUACAUCUCUGGCAAGAUUGACGACGUCAAUAUCUUUCCCACAGACCUUGCCGGUGUCUCAUACGCCGAUAACCCGGCGUUCUGCACUCCACUGCCCGAAUCGGGUCAGGACUGGGUGGGCAAGCGCAGCGGAUUCCCCCAGAACUUCAUGGAGACGUGCCAGACCAUCUUCCGCCAGAUGUUCCGCGUCUACGCGCAUCUGUACUGGUCGCACUUUGACGACAUGUUCAGCUUGAACCUCGAGAAGUCCAUGAACAGUUGUUUCAGCCACUUUAUUCUGACAGCAACGACGCUGAACCUCCUUAAGAAGUCUGACCUCGAGCCAAUGCAGCCACUGAUCGACCUCUGGGCGGCUCUCGGGACCUUCCCACAGGGUUCCAAGGCUUUUGAGAUCGCGAAUCUCCAAGUCGGCCAACUGCUUGUUCAGAAAGCUGGUGGCCCCCCAGCGAACUGAAAGGGACGGGGGAGAAAGAAAUCAGGCGAUGGAUGCCGAGCACACAUCUAUCACCGUACCGCUUGGCCGGUCGAAGUUUUCAUCUGAGGAUCGGAUCUUCGACCACAGGAAGGUAGAUAUACAGCAUAUACCCAUGGCCUAUCUUUUAGAUCGGUUCAGUUUCGG